AUGCAUUUUUCUCUUUGUUUAGCCGCUUCAUCCGAUUGUGAGAAUCCUCCAUUAGACAUAUCUAUCGUGAUCGAUCAAACAAAGAGCGUAGGAGCGGACAACUAUGACGCCAUGUUGGAUUCGGUCAUGGCACUCAUUUCGCAGUAUGAUGUCGGUGAAGACAAGACACACUUCUCCAUCGUAACUUAUGCAAAAGAUGCACAAGUUCGUGUCAGCUUUGACGACCCAAAAUAUCAAAAUAAAGCGGCUCUUCGUGCACUCAUUGAAGAAAUGAAGGAGAAGGACAAGUUGGGGAAUCCGACGAGGACUGACAACGCUUUGAAAGUGGUCGGCGAGGACGUGUUCAACGAAAAGAAUGGAGAUCGACCGGAAUCACCAAACGUCAUGAUCAUCUUCACUGACGGAGGAACGCAUAAGAGUUCCGAACCCUACAGUGCCGUGCUACCAACUCUUGAGGUGAGACCGUAAAAUAGACAGUCUAAAUCUCAUCAGUUCGGGGAAAUAAAAGAAACACUAUAUCGACACAAAUGCAAAUAAUGACGAACGGUGUUGGAGAGCGGCUCAUUGAAUUUUUUUGUUUGCAGCGCCCCAAAUCAAUUUAAAAUUAUUUAAAAAAAAAGUGUUAUUGAAUAUUCAUUUACUUUUUCAAUUGCUUGUUCAUUGCUUGCUUUUUGCAAGCGCUAUGGCAAGGUCAAAAUAUCAUGUCGUAGCUUCUCAAUAGUUAAAAAGUAGUGAUUUCUCGACUGCCGAUUGUUUACGUCUCUCCGAUAAGAUACCAAGGUACUUUCUUUGUUAAUCGUUUUCAUCAACAUUAACAAAUGAUAAAGUGACUUGUAGAGAAAUUGUUCUUCUCGAGCUAACAGCAAUUUACACGUGUAACUGGUCUAAAAAUGAAAAAAAUAAAACCUCAGCGAGCACUAAAGCCUUGCAUUCCAAGUACUGGGUCGGUGCUUUCAUCAACUAAGCAACGAGGCCACGUCAUGCUGGGUGUAAGGCAAAUUUAGUUGGAUUUUUGAUUCCCAUAAAAAAAAGAAACCUGGUCACGUUAUUGUAGACGCCGUUCGAUGGAAAGGCUUAAGUUGCAGUUUAUCAUUUAAGAUCAACUCAUUGCUGGUCAGAAUUUUUCACUUUGCAGAUACUAUGGCAAACGCUAUCAUGCUUCUCAUUUCUGUCCCACGUCAAUUUGUCACCUUGUAAUCACACAUAUAACGGCUAAAAAGCAACUAAUAUAAAGAGAGGCGAAAAAUAAGGCUCACAAUUGCAAUCUCUCCACGCAGGAAAAAGGAGUACAGCGAGUGGCUGUGGGGAUUGGUAAAAAAAUUAAGCAGGCAGAGCUUAUAACUAUUGCUGGAGACGAGAAUCGAGUCGUUAAUGCCAAAAAUUUCGAAGACUUGAACAACCAGUUGGACGAUAUUCGCGAAGCUACUUGCAGUAAGUAUCAUCUUCCUUCAAUUAAAGAAAGAUUAGUUGACUUUAAUUCUUCGUUUUCUGUCUGCUUUUACUGCUACAUCCUAUAUAUUGACGAAAAGACGAAUUAUGAUGUUGAGGAUGUAGUUUUUGGAGACAUCACGCCACCGAGAAACUAUUCGGUUUCAUCCUAACUUUCCUUGGGAGAGUAGCGACAACUAAAUUGUGUUUACUAGAUUAUUUGCCAAAGGACUAUCUCAUGAUAGUUCAGUAAAGGUUAAGUUUGUCCUCGAGCCCAAUGGCCCACCAUGGCCAGCCGGAGCUUUUCCCAGUUUGCUCGGUAUGACAUCAUCAGGAGUGACCCAAUCCCUCCUUGGAUGGCAUUCUAGUUCAUCGUAGGGUUACCUCCAGCAUUUUAUCAGGCAUCCCUGACAAUUCAGUGCUACUCAUUUAUACUCCUGGGUGAAGAGGGGUGCUGUCAGGGUAAAGAGUUUUACCGGCGAGGUCUCGAACCCAGACCUCUCGACCUGCCGCUGGAAUUCAGCGCACUAGUCACCAGGCCACCGCGUGUCCUGCGCUCUUUAUGUAAUUAAUAAAAUGAUUCCUUAAGCAGGAGAUGACUGAGAAAUUCACAAAUAAUUUUAAUGUUUGAUUGCUGCUGUAUUUUUAGACAUUGAUGGAGGAUACACUGAGUGGUCCGAGUGGAGCGAAUGUACAGCAACUUGUGGUGGGGGAAGUCGUUCUCAUUCGAGAACCUGCACCAACCCGUCACCAAAAAAUAAAGGAAAAACUUGCAUUGAACAGGAUCUGGGUCCUAAUAUGGAAUCUGAAGAAUGUAACACCCAAGACUGUCGUUAGUAUAAUGCAUUCACUUCUCUACAUUUACUUCUCUUGUUCUUAAAUAUCAUAACCAAACUAUGCAUAGCGAGUAUGCUAUUAAUACUUGCAUGCAACACUUUGGUAAAAGGAAAAUUUAAUUGUUACAAAAGAAGUUUCUCUAUUUUUAUGUCGGAAGUUGAAGUAGCAAUUAUGCGAACUAUGUUUACGUCAGGUAACGUUUAAUGAACAGAAACAUGUCCACUUUUAGAUGGAAAUCCAAUAAAGGCGGGGCCAACAUGUAUUUCUAGAUAGAAUUAUUCCACCCACUUUUGAGAGCUGUAGGUGCCUGAUCAAUAAGGUCUUGACUAGCAUUACGCGUUUGAACACAUUACUUUUCUCAGCCAUACCUGGUGGUUACACUGAUUGGUCCGAAUGGGGAGAAUGUAGCGUGACAUGUGGUGGAGGAGUUCAGACACGAAAACGGACUUGUACCAAUCCCCCGCCGUCUGGUGGUGGGCCAACAUGUAUUGAGCAAAAUCUGGGGCCAGCAGAGGAACAAAAGGAAUGCAACUCACAAGAUUGCGGUGAGUCAGCUUGAGACGUAGUAGAGUUAUAGUUACACCCGCAGGGCUUUAUUUCGAAAAGAAUUCUCAAGCAUAACCUUUAACGAUUUAAAUUCCUUUUGUGUAAAACAUUUUCGAUAAUCCUUCGAAAAUCAAAAACGUGGUAUGGCAAAGACUUCGACCCAUCGAAGGAAACUUUAGAAAGAAUGGAUUCAUAAGAAGUUCAAGAUUGUGAACGAGUGAGGUAUUCGAAGAUGUACAUUACAGAACCUUUUCUUUACAUCAACAAUUUCGUUUUAUUCGAUGGGUGUUGAACAAAAAUUUUGGAUCAACACUAAUGACAAAGAAAUGCGACACAGAGCGUUGUGAUGUGAGUUGUUCGGUGGGAAGGGUGAGUAAAAUUAUUAGCUUUGUCAUAACUUUCAUUGUUUCACUGUGUGACAAAUGAAUGUAAAAACAAAAAGGAAGGUAAUACUCUAUCUGAAUGAUUUUUCUGGUAUAUUAUGAAGGACUCAGGAGAAUAGGUUUUCCUUGGAUGGGAGAUUGUGGCACCCUCAACACCACCAGACUGUAUGUUACGAUACGUAUUAUUAUUAUUGUUAUUAUUAUUAUUAUUAUUAUCAUCUCCAUCAUCUUGGUUUGUGCACGCAUAACCAUUUAAUGUCUAAUUUUGUACAGGUGAAGAUGGCAACUGGUCUCCCUGGGGUGCCCCUGGUCCUUGUGAUAAGACCUGUGGGGGAGGUACUCGAGUGAGAAAAAGAACAUGCACCGACCCACUUCCAUCUGGGGACGGUAAAGAUUGUGCAGGAAGCAGUACAAAAGAUGAGCCGUGCAACACACAAGCAUGUAUGUUCUUGUUCAAAAGCAUUUGUACAUCUUCGUCAUGUCGAAGUGCAGAUUAAUGUUUAUCGCAAGAGGAGCGAAAAUUCAAAUAUAGGAUAGUUCUUAAAGGCAUUUCUCUGUUAGGCCUCGAAUGGCGCCACUGCAAGCGGUAACAUGUCACUUCCCAUGAAUACGUCGUAUGUCGACUAUGAAAUGUGUAACCCACGAUAGCAUUCACUCCGAAUGCUUCGUUCUUCAAUUUCUUUCAGUCCGUCACUUUUUGGCGUGGACUUGAAACUUACUCAAUCCUCCAUAAAAACUAAACUCAAUAAAAUUUUGGAUCGAAUCAAAUCUAAAGAAUAUUUAAACCUUAAUUAAUCUUAGCAGUUCUGCGUCAACCCUACUGACAAUGUCAAUCUUGAAGUUAGGAGACACCCCGCAAGGAGAUGCAAAUGAUCGGCUUCUUGAUGCCCUGGACUUCGGAUAGAGCCUUGUCCAGGUCAUUAUUCUGUGUUAAGAAAGACAAUUUAUUCCCACAAAUCAACUCACCAGCUCGAAGGGUAUCAUUAAACUGCCGCAUAAACAUGAGAGGGAGGGGGGGCAGUGGGGAGCGUUACAAUGGACUGAGAUCCCUUCCUCCUUAAAACUGACACAGGGAUAAACUCCUACGUGAUGGCCCCCCUGGUUCCAAAGCUGUUUUUUUUUUUCUUUUAUCCUUAUCUUAAUGGCACGCCUACUUCCAGGGCUGACUUUUUCUUCAUCUUUAACCUUUUAUCAUCAAGGCCCAACUUCACCUCCACCUCCACCUCCACCUCCACCUCCACCUCCACCUCCACCUCCACCUCCACCUCCACCUCCACCCAAACCUUGCAAGGAACAUCUCGACGUUGGUGUCAUAGUCGAUUCCUCCAACAGCAUCAGUUCCGUUGAUUACAAUAGAGCACGUGAUUACUUAGUUCGACUGGCUCAAAGACUAGAGGUUUCCGAAGCCGGAACACAUAUGGCGAUCCUUCUCUACAGUUGGGAAGCACAUCUCUGGCACAGGUCUGUACAUUCAUGUCAUACAUAAGGAACGUCUAAGUUUGGAGAUGAGGCUGAACUUUCCAAUUUUUUUUGUGAGGGGAGGAAGGAAGGUGGGAGGGGGGUAAGGUUAAAUGGGACGUAAGCCUGUGAAAUGUUCUUGACAUUUAAAGUCGGUAGAGGUUACAAUUAAAUCAAUGCAUUUUUAAAUAUAAACUAAUAAAUUAUUUAUAGCUUUGUAUCCUGAAGAUUUCAGUAAUUUCGUAGUUACAGACAACAAUUUGAGUUUUUUUCAUUGCAUCAUGAAUAUCUUAUACUCUUACACUUGAUCCCAAAGACUUGCACAACUAUCUUCCUUCAAUUAUUUUCUCCCAUCAAUGCUUUUCAGAUUUACCGAUCCGCAAAAUAUUGAUGCACUAACAGCCAAAGCCAGAAGCUUGCCGCAUAUUCGAGGUGGAACAAGAACAGACAGAGCUCUAGAACUAGCUGCGGAGGAGUUUUUUGGUUGGGACAAUAGUGGAGACAGACCCGAUAAACCAAAUGUGCUACUUGUUCUGACUGAUGGUGACACAAACGAAGGGAGUAAGCCAUUCAGUCAAGUUAUUCCUCCUUUGAAUGUGAGUUAUCUUUCAAAUAGCAGAUCGAAAUACUUAGAUAGACUCGAGAAACUGACCAUGUAAGCUCUUAAAAAUACUUAAUCUCCGACUAAAAUUCUUCUUAGGUUAAGACUGAUAUAUUAAUCUCUUUCUGUGCAGAGAGUCCUCAGAUUUCACACCCCAGCGCUAUCUUCCUAUCUAAUUUUGCAGGAUGCAAGCGUAAGGAGAAUUGCUGUCGGAAUUGGAAGUGGAAUAGAUAUCUCGGAGCUUCAACAAAUUGCUAGCGCCAAUCAUGAUGUAUUACAGGUUUAUGGGUACCAGCAGUUAAUCCCCAAACUAGAGUCCAUAAUGACCAAAGCUUGUGAAGAUCAAUUUCCAGGUAGUUUGACAUGAAUAUAGCAUUGUUAGAAACUGUCAACACUGGGUUAAAAUUUGGCCCUUUGUGAUACUACUGUUUGUAUGCAGUCUGUUCGAUUCUACAAGGACUGUUCAACCCAUCAAGUGUUCAGGCUUAAAUCAGGUUCUUCCAGGUUGUUCUGCCAUUUUCUCGCUGCUUCCAGUUACCUUCUGCAUGCAGUGUUCUUCCGAGUCAGGUUUCUUUUCAUUGUGUCUUUCAAUUAUAGCCUUGCCUCUGUGAUAACUUCUACAAAAUAAAAUUUUUUGAGCAAAAAAUGCAAUUUAGGUGUGUACGCUUAUUUCAGGUGUAUACGACGAAAACUAGUACAAGGCUUCUAGAAUAAUGACUACGAUGAUCUGAUCGUAAAUAAUCGUUGUGUCAUAGCUACAUGAAUGAUGUAUAUAAGUAGGACACACGCGUUAAGUUUCCCAUUAAAUCAGCAUUUCCAUCAUUUCUUUCAGACCCCUUUUUCAUUUUACUUUUGUUUGAUUGUAAUUAGGUGAUUGUGGUGAGUGGGGAUCUUUUGAAGGCUGCAGUAAGAAUUGUGGUGGCGGAGCGCAGGUUCGUACCAGAAGUUGUCCUCCUAAAAGUCAACAUUUAACGAAACAAAGGAAGCAUUGCAACACAAACCUUUGUCCAGGACAAGGUAAAUACUAAUUAUUAGUUUAAUCGAUCGUUAUCAUAUUUGCUACUGUUCAACGAGGAUCGUUAUCUUGCACGAUCAGCGGAUGGUUAACGACAAUUUACCGAAGUGGAGGUGGCUAGUGGUGAAUAUUUACCGAGCGGCGAAGCGGUGAAGCAGCGAGGUAAACAUCCACUGCGAGCUACCCGAGGUGAAUCGUUUUUUAGUGUAUACUAAAACAGUGAGUUAAUACAGCUCGAAAAGAUUAUCUUGAAUCAUCUAUUCUUGUAACGAUUACAAUAUUUUCGGGUACAAAUCCCACGCGCGUUGCUCGGAGGUGAAUCGCAAGAGAUUUUCGUAGUUUUAGUAGCCAAUCAGAACGCGCUUUCGACGCUAUCCACUGUUUUAGUUUAUAGUAACUAAUGAUAAGGGAUUUAUUUCAUAAUCAAAUAUGCAGUUUUUAAAACUGACUACGUCAAAUGGAUGCUUCACUGAAUAGAACACAGUUCAAAAGUUCUGCCAAAAACUGUUUAACAUUUGUUCCGCUGAGGUCCAAACUCGGAUUGAUGUUAGCCUCUUUCAAACGACUUGGCUGUAGUAUUGUGAUAGUAGCGGUAAUAAUAAUAGUAGUAAUAGCGGAAGGUAAAACUUUAGUGACAAUACUUUAUUAAUUCAUUACUCUUUAGAGCCCUGUGAAGACCUUGCAGGCGAUUGUGCAGUCAGAGCUGCUAAAGGAGACUGCUGGAGGACCGCUAAUGUACCUUCCAGUCAACGCUUGCUCUACGUUGGCAGGACGUUUCCUUUGUGGAACACUUGUCCAAAAAGCUGCAGACGAUGCAAUGGUAUAAGUACAAAGGCGAAGAUUGGCCUUUCUCAGUCAACAAUUAUUUUCUUUAUAGUCUUCUUUUUUCAUAUUAUAAUUUUCAUUCUUCAUAUUUAUCCUUCUCUUUGUCUUCCUUCCCCUUGAUAUUUUAUGAGUAUUUUACUUUGCAUCUUCUUCUUCCUUUUGUUUUUCUUGUUCGCCUCCUUGCCAUUCUUUUAUUUUUAUUCUUUAACUUCUUCCUUUUUUCUCUCUUUUUACGGAUUGCCUUCCAUGAUAUUCUACACGUAUUUUACUUCCUUUUAGUUGAUACCUCUUGUCAAGAUGACGAUCCCUAUGUUUGUCCUUGGUGGUCAGUAGCUAAUGACAAUAGGUGGAAAUGCCGCUUUGCAUGGCGACAAGGCUGGACUCAGUACUCUCUAACAAGUGAGCAGUAAAGUCGUUGAUAUAGAAAAUGCUCCCAGAAGAUGUACAUCUUCAGGAAGCUGAGAAAUGUUCCGACUGCUUGAGAUCAAGGCAUUAAUUUUUAUUUUAAAAUAGAAAUAUCGGAAGGGAUUGGUUUGUUUUGCUUUACUUCGUUUUAUGAUUGGUCCAUAAAACUCGCGCCACUCACAUACGCUUGAAGUGGUUGAGUGUUUUUUACGUUUAGUUCUUUUUACCUUUUGACUGCUCGUGAUAUUUCCGUUUCAUCUGAUUUGCCGUUUUUUACGCUGGUUCUUGAGAAACAACGACGUGACGAAGUGAAUGCGUGCAGUGAAGACAACAUCUUUCCAAGUCAUUAGGUGCUCACCAGCAACUUGAACAACUGAUAUAGUAAUUAUGAUUAAUGACGAGUUCACAUUCUGGCGAACCCGAUUUAAAAUUCUAGUCAAUAAUGAUCGGGUUUAUUAUCUAUUAUCUAAGUGAAUCCCUUAAAACAGUUGGCCGAUAAUGUAAACAGACAACGGGAAGUAACUUCUCUAUUAGAGCAAUAAGGUACGUCUUCUAUCGUUUUUUAAUUAAAAAUUGCCCGCUCGGAACCUGAACCUCCUGAGAAGCUGAUAACGAAAGAAUAGUUUUUGUCUGUCUCACUUGAUUUUGAAAAAUACCCCAUGAAGUGAAGUGUGUGUUAUCACUAUAAUUUCGUUUCUCUUCAUCCUUUAGACUAUUGCAAGAAAAGUUGUGGCAAAUGCAGCGGAGGAGGCGGAGGAGGAGGAGGAGGAGGAGGAGGAGGAGGAGGAGGAGGAGGAGGAGGAGGAGGAGGAGGAGGAGGAGGAGGUAGCCAUAUCAUAUCAGCCGGUCGUUCAACAGCAUAACCUAACUAUCCGCUCGACAUCCUUUUUUCAUGAAUUCGGAAAACGUUGUUUUCAUUCUGCUCCUAUGUCCCAAUAGAGCUCUGAUACUGGCCAGUAUCACCUCAUUUGAUAUUGCAACCUCUUCAAAGAAAUUUAGAAAUAGAUCUCAUGCUUAAUUGAUGGUACGGGGCUAACAGGAAUUUCUAGAUGAAAUAAUUUAAUCGACCCAUAAAAUCUGUUGAAAACGAAGUAAUUAUCCCUUUCUUGGGCUGGCUUGAUUAACAAGGCUUCUAAUUAAAUGACACACUAGGUGGUUAUACUGAUUGGACUGAACAAAUCAUGACAGGUAGGGGGAGGGGUUCAGACACGAAAACGGACAUGUACCAAUCCUCCACCCUCUGGCGAUGGGCCAACACGUCUUGAGCAAAAAUUUAGGCCCGCUAAGAAUCGAAAGAGUUGAUGUGAGACGUAGUAAAGUUAUGGUCAGCCCUUCUUCUUAACGUUUGGGGUUCUUUCAAUUGCAAUCUUUUAGCAUGUCAGGAUUUCAACGUCUAUUACUGUCGGAUUAAGGUUAAAUGGCCAGGCUGCGGCAAUUAUUUUGUGAGAGGU